AUGCAGAAGGGUUUUACCCUUAUCGAAUUGAUGAUCGUGGUAGCUAUUAUCGGCAUUCUGGCCGCAGUGGCUCUGCCCGCUUAUCAGUCUUACAUCGAAACAGCCAACAUGGGUAAAGUUAACAGCCACUACGAAGAGGGUGUUAAAUAUGUACGCGGUGAAAUGUCACGUGUACGCACUGGUCUGGCGAUGGGCAUUUUAGACACAGCUGGUGCUGAAGCUGCGUUGGACGGUGCCGGUAUCCUGGCUAGCCUGGAAAGCGAAGUUGGUUCACAGAAGUUUGACUUCGGUUCACCUACCGGCGCAGCAGCUUAUGCAGCGGCAGUGGGCGACGAUGCUGGUACCGUAGGAAUUGCCGAUAACGGUGGUUCAGUAGCUGCUGGCACGUUGAACGUAGCAGUUACUCGUCCGGCUUACAUCGACUUGACCACUCUGGUUGAAUCUGUGAACUGGUAG